GCGAAAGCAUUGGGGGUGGGAGUUUUUUUUUCGUAAGGAACAGUAACAUUGACUUGUGCUUUUAAUUAAUUGACAUUUUGGAUUCCAUUUAUGCCAUUCAAAUCAGUCAAAUAAAGAAAGAAAUAAUCCUACGAAUCAAAUCAAACAAAUGGUAAUUAAUUAUAUAAAUAUAAACAAUAUACUUUUUUUGGUAAUUAUUUAUGAAUAAUAUUGUCAGGCAUAUAAAAAUCAUUGUUGAUUGAGCAAUCUCGAGGGUGGGUAGGCCCGAAGCUCAACUCAUGGUCAAGAGAUGUAUCUAGAUCAUCUGCAAGUACUGACAUUCAGUCCUACUAUAAAGUAUAAACCAGUACUUGCAGUUAAUUCUAAAAACAUGUCUCUCACUCGGAUGUUGAUUGUUGACAUGGUGGGUAAAUCAGUGUGAAAUCGACAUAUCAAAUCGGGUUUAAUCAUAACUGGUCAUUCUACUGUAUUCUCGUGUCGGGUUUAACUUUAAAUUAAAUCGGGUCAAACUCGGUCGAACAUGUUCAGAUCUGUAAGUUUUAAAUAUUUAAUCAGGUAAAUUGAGUCAACCAAAAAGUUCCUCUCACGCAUUUUUCCACAAAUAUUUCUUCUCUCUAAUUUUCAAUGCAAAUUCGAGUCAUCUCAAUUUGAUUAGACGAUCUUGACAAACUUCCUCAUCCAAGUCAAACGGUGACCUCUGGACAAGGUAUACAUUAAUAAUGACUACAACGAUAAAAAAAAAAGAUUAUUAUUAUGUAAUUUUUGUAUCAUUAUAAUGAAAUUGUUACUUAGUAUGUUUUAUGCAUGGAAUUAUUAUUAAACAUAAUAAAAGUACAUAAAUCAACAUAAUUUUUACAUUAAUUAUCUCUCAUCUGAUCUUUCCUCUUUCUCUCUCUCUUUCCACUUCAAAUUGGGAUAGACUAGAAUAGUUUAUUUAUUCAACAAAAAAAAAAUAGUUUAUUUAUCCCAUUUACAUAUUUACUCCCUUCACUUACACACAUAAACAAACAUAGCGUAAUAUAUUUAAAUAUGGAAUUAUCAGUUUCAAAACCAAUGAAUUACCACUAGACAAAACUCUUUAAAUCUCUCGUUUGAAGGCAUUUUAACUAACUAGUAUCUUAUACUUCAACACUUGAGAAUUUGAGAGAACUCCCCAUCAAAAAAAAAAAAAAAAAAAAAGAAUUUGAGAGAACUUGAAUGACAAGCUAAUUUUUUCUUUUUUUUGGUUUUGUUUUGGUAUAACUUUGAUGGAAAAUGGUUGAUGGUUGGGAGUGUAUACGUGUUUGACUAUUGUUAAGACAUUAAUUGCGAUUACAGACCAGCGAAGGGGAAGUAAAUUACUUGUUCAGUUCAGUAUUCAGGGGCUCUAAAGUAAAAAGCUAAUCGCCAUCACCUCAAUCCCGCAUCUUCAACUCAUCAUCUCCUUCCCUUCCCAUCCAGCUUCCUGUCAAUGGCGAUUCCUUUUUCACUACAACAGUAAAAACCCAGAUGAAAUAAUUUAAUAGCAACACAUCUUGUACUGCAAUUCACUAACUUCCAAACUCCCACAGCAGCCAAACACCACGCCGCUCUCCCCGCGCACCCACGCCUCUUCUCUUCUUCGAACGUUACCCACUAAUGACUUCUUCCCCGUAGAUUCACGGAAAAACCCAACAAUCCGGCACCAGUUCUUAAUGCGGUUCUCUCACACUGUCAAUUGAAUCGCGCCGCUGCACUCCUUUCAGGUCCGUACUUCUUUGCGAUUCUGGAUCCGAUAUCAUUGCUUCCUUUCUGUUUCGCCCCCUUUCAUCUGAAUUCUCUUUCAAGCAAGCGACUUUGGGUUGGUUUCUGAUUUGCAGUUUCAAUUGCGUUUGGGAAUCGGAUUAUGUGAUAAUAGUUCAAGAGAGCCGGGUGAGAGACAUUUGUCCAGUUUCUUUUGGUAGAUCGGGAGCCAUGGAGAAUGGCAUGGAUGCUGACGCAAGCUCUUUUCUCAGUUUGUUUGCAGCGAUUUCAUAUGGGAUUGCUUCAAUGGCGAUGGUGUUUAUCAACAAGGCCAUUGUUAUGCAGUAUUCUCACUCUAUGACACUUCUCACUCUCCAACAAGUUGCUACAGCCUUGCUUAUACAUGUUGGGCGGAAAACGGGAUACACAAGAUCGAAGGGACUCGAUCUCCAAACAGCUAAGAGACUUCUCCCUGUUUCUCUCUUCUACAAUGCCAAUGUGGCAUUCGCUCUGGCCAGCUUGAAAGGGGUUAACAUUCCCAUGUAUAUUGCCAUCAAGAGGCUGACUCCUCUUGCUGUGCUGAUUGCUGGCUUUUUCGCUGGGAAAGGAAGGCCUUCAACGCAGGUGACUCUAUCCGUCCUACUGACUGCUGGAGGGGUUGUUAUUGCAGCGCUUGGAGAUUUUUCAUUCGAUGUGUUUGGUUACGGCCUGGCAUUUGUUUCUGUUUUCUUCCAGACAAUGUACCUUGUUUUAGUGGAGAAGUCUGGUGCAGAAGAUGGGCUUUCUUCAGUUGAGAUAAUGUUCUACAACAGCUUCUUGUCUCUUCCAUUCUUGAUGUUCCUCAUUAUUGUUACUCGAGAAUUUCCCGACUCUUUGGUGUUGUUAAUCGCAAAGAGUAAUUCCUUGUCAUUUUUGGUGAUACUCAUUCUUUCAUUGGUGAUGGGGAUCAUUCUCAACUACACCAUGUUCCUAUGUACGAUAGUCAACUCAGCUCUGACAACAACUAUUGUAGGCGUUCUCAAAGGUGUUGGAUCCACGACUCUUGGUUUCUUCUUACUUGGCGGGGUGAAAGUGCAUGGUCUGAACGUGACUGGUCUGGUCAUCAACACAGCUGGUGGAGUGUGGUAUUCGUACGCCAAAUAUCGGCAGAGGAAAAACAGGCCACAGAAGCUAACGCCAGAUAUAGAGGCACAUCGAAAGUAAUAGGUAGAGUUUGCCAGUUUUGUCUUGCAUUAUUACCACAGUAGAUGAUUCAAAUUGCUGUUUUCAAGUUGCUUUGAUGCACAUUGUAUAGUUGCUUUUUAACUAUGAGAAAUUGUAUGAGCGAAAUGGCAUAUAAGAGUACCCCUUCCUCUACUGUUCUCCAUUUUCUGAUGAGCACAAGGUACCUGGAAAUGGAUAUGGGCAUAUGGCUCAGACUUCCUCUAACUUGCUGCUUCUGCUUUUGAGAAAUUGGGUUGCUUGAAAAACUGGAAAACUUGUUGCAGUAUACGCUUCUAUAUUUGUGUAUGAUCGCAUAACGUAUUCUCGGGUUAAAUUUGCAGCUCUGGCGCAAAGGUGGCUGACAUGAGGUACUGCAAAUUAAGCGAUUGAACGAAGGAUGCGUUCUUGGUAUUUGAAGAAGAAGACAGGCUCAUUGUAAGGAGUCACAUUGAUGCUUCGUAGACGAUAUGUCUUUCGUUUGAAUGCUGAAGCUGCAGCUCUGUGAGCCGAAGCAAGACACUGUAGAGUAGCCGAUUCUACAAAAACCUAAAGGGGCAAUGAGCCAAUGACCAUAUUCCCUUACAUCACAAGUAUAAGCGCAUGAAACUGAACUUAAGUCGAGUUUUGUUUUCUGUGAGUUCAUUCAAUGGAUUACAACAAAGUUUGAAACUCAGGGGAAAACGAUCGUCGAUUGAUCUACACUCCAACGAUCAAGCCGGUACCGAGUAAUAUACACAAGUAGUUAGAUCAGGCCAGUUGGUGGGAAGAGGUCGACCUGGUUGUUUUCAAGCCUUGAGAGCCAUGAUAACAAAGAUCAGUGGGUCUGGUGAGUAAUAAAAUACUCUUAUGGAUUACAUUCCAAUCUUGCAUCAUCAGAAGAAUUCAAUCAUCUGAUGAUUCUCUACAUUUGUUAAUGCCUUUGCCUUUUAAGUAUUUUAAGUCAGUGGGGUUUGAAGGAAACAUUAUAUUUAAUGUUCCAAGUUGCACACCGUACUUUAAAUUAAACCAGAAUUUGGUAUUAAAGUAAUCAUUCUUCAUUCUUUUGUGUCCUGAUAAAAAGAAUUUCUCAACUAUGGUGUAUCUGUAUUAUAUAUGUGUUUUGGGGCCUGCAUGAUUAGUUUAAUAUUUACAUUAACUAAAUUUUGAGCCCUUUGGCAAGAUGAUAGCUUUUUCCCCAAAAGGAUCCGUCCGGUUAGUAUGUUUAUGAGUUGGACGUUAGUAUUUCGGAAUAAUCAGUUUGAUAAGCAAAUUGAGGGGUAGACAUGAGCAGGAGUCAACAUCGUAGGAUCGUAAGGUUUCAUGAUUUCAAUUGUUAAGUAAUCGCUCUUUAUUAUUUUUUUAUGUUAUAUAAAACGGAGUUUUCAAAAUACGGUGUAUCUGUAUUAUAAAUAUUUUGGCUUCUGCGUAAUUAAUUUAAGAUUGCAUUAAUUUCGACUGCUUUGGCAUUCUAUAAGAUAGCUUUCGCAGAAAGGAUUCGUCUCGUUAGCAUAUAUUGACUGUUUAGUCCGGUUAGCAAUGUUUAUGAGUUGGACGUUAGUAAUACAAAGCGAUCACAGCUUGAUCAACAAAUUGAGGAACAUACAUGACCAAGAAUCGACAUCGUUUAGAUUAUAUGGUACCGUGAUUUCAAUCGUAAAAGAUACAUGCAUUCAGCGAUUGAAAAAUCACAUUACGUCUGAUUUAACGAUGUUAUACCCUCCAGAAGUAUGGUAGCAAAAUCCCAAAAAGAUAAAUGGCAAGACAAAAAUGACCACCUCUUUUUGUUUUUUUUUUGAGAUACAAACUGAAAGGAAAGUGUUGGCAAUACAAUCCAUAGAGAAAGGUGGGCAAUGGUGGUGGUGAUGUUUGUUUGCAAAGAGAGGGACCAAAGCAAAGCACAAUUGAAAGUCUUUUUCUCAUUUGAUAUUGUGAUAAUGAAUGGCCUUUUUGUUGGCUUUUCUGUUCUGUACAAAAUGGCCAAAACGGAAGGGAAUAUCCCUUUUCCUCAUUUUUCACAUAACCGACAUCUCUCUCUUCUUCUUCUUCAUAGGAUGGAUUAUUAUUACAGGCACAUCAUUUGAUCCACUUGAUGUAAAAGUGUUUGGUGUUUCCAUCAAACUUACUACGGUUUAGAUAAUUUUGUUUAUAGCACUGAAUUUUUGGAAAUAAAUAACGUGGGAACAUUGGUUUGAGGCAUUUUCUCUACCUUUAAGAAGAAUAUCGUCACCUAUUUUUAGUACGGGUGUUCACCAGCUGAAUUCCAUUACAUCAAAUACAAUAUUUUAGAAACUCAAUAGGUACUUACCAAAAGUAGUGUAAGAAAUGAAGAAUUUUGGAAUUCAUUGGGUUUUUACAAGUGGGUUUGUAAGGACUCAUGCAAUGCAUGUUUGGUUUAUAAGUAUUGUAAUUUAUAGUUGUUAUAAACGCGCUGCUACGGAUCGGGAAAUCGCUGGAAUCGAUAAAGUAAGAAUAUGAAAGGGAGAAUCGAAAAAACACAGACACGCGAUUUACGUGGUUCACUAACACGAUGUGUGUUAGCUACGUCCACGGGCGAGAGAGAGCCAAUUUCACUAUAUCGAGGAGAUUACAGAUUACAGAGGAGUAUGAGAAGUAUUUAUAGUACUUCUCCAUGUGGGUCUAAACCUAAUCCAAUCUGGCAAAGGAAAUGGUUACAGACCAGGCCCAGAACCCGAACCCAAAUAACAUUGAGCCCAUACACCGUGGGCCGGGGGCGUUGCCCCCCACCCCCACCGGGGCGUUGCCCCUGGACCCCACUCGCUGACCGGAGACCCCCGAUUACCAGUCGUAGCGGCUGAUAGUCCGAUUCAAGUCACAUCAACAAUAGUAUUGAGUCUCGUAUGAUUGUACGAAUUGUGGAAUAUGUUUGAUACAAAUACAUGACAAUCCUAUCGAAACGAAGAUUGGGAAACAAUAUAAUGCAAAAAAAAACAUUUACUUUUGUAACCAGCGAGCUGAUUACGAGGUUGUUAAACUCGUUUUUUAAAAAAAAAACAUGUGCUUUAGCUCUUCAUUGAGGCGAGAAGAAGGUGUUAAGUAAGCACCUAUUUCUUGAAGAAAUAAAAAAAAGGGUAUUUGAAUCCUACGAUAUUCGUUCGAAAGUUACUGAAGAUAUGACAAAUGACCAUGACUUCAUCCAUACAAUAAUUUUAUAGAGAACUU